UGACCCACGGGUUGAGACGAAAAGCAAAACAUGGCGUCCGAAGAGGCCUCGCUGAGAGCCCUGGAGAGUCUUAUGACAGAAUUCUUUCACACAAGCACCUCCAAUGAGCGGAAAAGAGAAAUCGAGGCUCUGCUGAAUAAUUUUGCUCAGCAGCUUGGAGCCUGGAGGUUCUGCUUCUACUUCCUGUCCAGCUCACACAAUGACUAUGUGCUGAUGUACAGCCUCAGCGUCUUUGAGAACUUGAUCAACAAGAUGUGGCUGGGUGUCCCCUCGCAGGAGAAGAUGGAGAUCCGUAGCUCCUUGCCCAAACUUCUACUGGCCCAGCACAAGAAUCUCCCAGGCUUUAUCUGCAACAAGCUGUGCAAGGUCAUCGUGGACAUGGGUAGACAAGACUGGCCAAUGUUCUACCAUGACUUCUUCACCAAUAUCUUACAGCUAAUCCAGAGCCCCCGCACCACGCCGCUGGGACUCAUAAUGUUGAAGACUGCAUCUGAGGAGUUGGCUUGUCCUCGGGAGGACCUUAGUGUGGCCAGGAAAGAGGAACUUCGCAAACUGCUGCUGGAGCAAGUGCCAACAGUGCUGGGGCUGCUAACAGGCGUGCUGGAGAGUAUUUGGAAUAAGCACAGUGUUACUACAGCCACACCUCCACCUUCACCUACUGCAUCAGAUGCCGAUGACCUCCUCAGUAACCUCGUACACACGCCUACCUUGGCUAAGCAACUGAGCCAACCCCCGCCGAGCCUGGAGGCAGACAGCGAGCGUAUAUGUGCCCUGGCCCUGGAGUGCCUCUCUCACCUCUUCAGCUGGAUCCCCCUUUCCGCCAGCAUCACCCCUUCACUCCUCACCACCAUCUUUCACUUUGCCCGCCUGGGUUGCGAUACCCGCUCCCGAAAGACUCCUUCCGUUUCCAGCAACUCUUCUGCCACUAUGAAUGGGGGGAGCAGCAGCCCUCCGAUUCCCUUGACGCUGCCCAGCUCACAGACUGACCGUGACCGGCUGGGGGUGUUGGCGAUGUCUUGUAUUAAUGAACUCAUGUGCAAGAACUGUGUUCCCCUGGAGUUUCAGGAAUACCUGUUACGGGUGUGCCAGCAGACCUUUUAUCUCCUGCAGAGGAUUACACGGGAGACAAACGCUCACAGUGUGCGCAACCGUCUGGAGGAGCUGGACGAAAGUUAUGUUGAAAAGUUUACAGAUUUCCUGCGGCUUUUUGUCAGCGUCCACCUACGAAGGAUAGAAUCUAAUGCUCAGUUCCCGGUGGUGGAGUUCCUGUCAUUGCUGUUCAAAUACACCUUUCACCAGCCCACCCAUGAAGGUUACCUCUCAUGUCUCGAUAUCUGGGCUCUCUUUCUGGACUAUCUGACCAACAAAAUACGGAACAGGUUAGAAGACAGAGAGGCUAUCAUAAACAGGUACGAAGACGCUCUGGUGUUGCUACUCACGGAAGUCCUGAACCGGAUCCAGUUCCGCUACAACCAGACACAGCUGGAGGAGCUAGAUGACGAGACCCUGGAUGAUGAUCAGCAGACAGAGUGGCAGCGGUAUCUGCGGCACAGCCUGGAAGUUGUAGCCAAAAUCAUGGAGCUGCUCCCUACACACGCCUUCACCACACUGUUUGCUGCUCUGCAGGAGAACCUCAAUGUUUAUCUUGGUCUUCAGCAAUGUAUAGUAUCCUCUGGACAAGAACAGCGUCUUAACGUGACUGCAGAAAACGACUGCCGGAGGUUACACUGCUCACUGCGGGACCUCAGCUCGCUCCUGCAGGCGGUGGGGAGACUUGCGGAGUAUUUUAUCGGGGACAUGUUCGAGGCGCGCUUUAAUGAUGCCCUCACUGUAGUGGAAAGGUUGGUGAAGGUUACUUUAUAUGGUUCCCAGAUUAAACUGUACAACAUGGAGACCGCAGUGCCAUCCGUUCUAAAGCCAGACCUUGUCGACGUACAUGCCCAGUCGUUAGCUGCAUUACAAGCUUAUUCGCACUGGCUUGCGCGUUUCUACAGCGAGGUCCAGCGUCAGAACCCGGAACGAUUCAUCUCCAUCAUCUCCACAGCAAUGGAAGCCCUGCCCCCUCUAAUCAGCACAAAGGUACAAGAGAAGUUGCUGCUGUCUGCGUGUCAUCUUCUGGUCUCUGUGGCCACCACCGUGCGGCCUGUGUUCCUCAUCAACAUUCCCGCCGUCCAGAAAGUGUUCAGCCGUGUGACAGACAACGCUGCCCAGAGACUACCGGAGGAGGCCCAGGUGCUGCUCUGUCGUGCUCUGUCUAAUGUCCUCCUUCUCCCGUGGCCAAACGUCACCGAGGCUGAACAACAGUGGGGAGAGCGCUCCAGUCACCACACCACCCUACUGAGCUCUCUGAGCAGAGACUACCGCGAGCUGAAGGGUGCAGCCCCCCCUCAGAGGAAGGGCCAGAUGGAAGCCACUAAGCGUGUCAUCUGUCAGACUUUGGGUGUGCUGAGGGAUAUUGUGGAGAAUAUCUCCAGUGAGGGCACCAAGUCCCGGCAAAUCUGUUACCAGUCCAUGCAGGAGGCGGCCCAGCUCUCGCUCACCCUCUUCCCAGCGUACAUCCACCAGUCUGAUGUGACGGAGGAAAUGCUGAGCUUCUUCUUGGCCUUGUUCCAAGGACUUCGAGUACAAAUGGGAGUGCCAUUCACUGAGCAAAUUAUACAAACCUUCCUCAACAUGUUCACCAGGCAGCAGUUGGCAGAAAGUAUCCUGCAGGAGGGCAGCGCAGGGUGCCAUGUGGUGGAGAAGUUUCUAAAGAUCCUUCAGGUUGUAGUGCAGGAACCCGGCCAGGCGUUCAAGCCUUUCCUGCCCAAUAUACUGUCCCUGUGCAUGGAGCAGCUGUACCCCAUUAUCGCUGAGCGCCCCUCCCCAGAUGUGAAGGCCGAACUGUUCGAACUAUUAUUUCAGCUUUUACACCACAACUGGAGGUAUUUCUAUCGCUCCUCCGUCCUGGCCAGCGUGCAUCGGGAUGGCGCUGAUGAGCCAAUGGAGAAUCAGGCUCAGUUUAUUGCAGUGAUGCAGGCCUUCGGACAGUCUUUCCUGCAGCCUGAUAUACAUCUUUUCAAACAAAAUCUCAACUAUCUGGAGACCCUAAACAGCAAACACAAACUGUACCACAAGAAGCUGUUCCGGGCCAUGAUGCUGCCACAGUUUGUCAGUGUUCUGCUCCAGGUUCUCAUCCACAAGUCUCAUGACCUCCUGCAGGAGGAGAUUGGCAUAGCUGUCUAUAACAUGGCAUCUGUGGACUUCAGCACUUUCUUCUCCGCCUUCUUACCGGAGUUUUUAGCUGGCUGCCAGGGCCUGGACAGCAACCAGAAGAAUGUCCUAUCCCGAAACUUCAAGAUGGAAAGGGACCUGCCAUCGUUUACUCAGAGCGUCCAUCGCCUGGUCAAUGACUUGCGAUAUUACAGACUGUGCAACGACAGCCUGCCCCCGGGAACUGUGAAGCUGUGACAGACACGAGCCCCCCUUCCUGCGCCUGUCUGUCUGCAUUGAUGGUCUUAACCGCUACAGAUGUGAACCCGCUACUCCACUCAUCCGCUCGUAUUGUUUUUAAACCUCGAAUGGUUUUUAGCUC